AUGCCCCCCGGCCUUUCGAGGAGCGACUCGCUGCAGGACAUUGACUUUACACUGCGGCGACAAUUUAACAAGACUUCUUUUAGACCACACCAACGCGAGAUUAUUCUCGCCGCUCUCGAUGGGAAAGAUGUCUUUGUCCAGGCGGCUACGUCGUUCGGCAAGAGUUUAUGCUUCCAGCUGCCCGCCGUCAUCAACACAGGAAUUACCAUCGUCAUCUCCCCACUUCUUAGUCUUAUGAUGAACCAAGUCGAAGCCCUCCGCGCAGCCAACGUCGACGCCCGCACCCUCAACAGCAACAUCCCCCUCUCGGAGCGCGACCUCAUCUACCAAGACCUCGCCACGGGCCACCCGCGCACACGGCUGCUCUACGUAACACCCGAGCUCUGCUCCCUGGACCGCUUCCGCGACCGCCUCAAGCUCGUCCACAAACAAAAACAGCUCGCCCGCAUCGCCGUCGAUGAAGCCCAUUGCAUCUCGGAAUGGGGCCACGAUUUCCGCCGCGACUUCCAGCGGCUCUCCUGGUUCCGCGAAACCUUUCCCGAUGUCCCCAUCAUGUGCCUGACCGCUACCGCCAACGCCCAAGUCCGCCAGGACAUCCUAUCCACUCUGCGACUACGCCCGAUGGACCCUACCCAGACUGCGCCCGAUCGACUUCGCACCUUCACCAUGACAGCCCACCGCCCCAACCUCCACCUCGAAGUCCGUUUCACCAGCGACAGCGCCGACGACCGCUUCGACGACUUCGUGACCUGGCUCAAAGGCGUCUACACGCGCCGCGACGCCCCGGACCGCCGCGCCGAACUGGACGCCACCACCGCCGAACGCACCACCAACGUGCCCGGCAUCAUCUACACCACCUCGCGCGACGAAUGCGAGUCCCUAUCCGCGGCCCUGCGGUGCGAGGAUAUCGGUGCUCGCCCUUUCCAUGCGAAGCUAGCCAAGGAGGUGAAGGAGAUGACGCUAGCGCGGUGGAUAGCGAAUGAGCCCGGGUAUGAUAUUAUUGUGGCGACUACGGCGUUUGGGAUGGGGAUUGAUAAGGAGAAUGUGCGGUUUGUGGUGCAUUGGCGGUUGCCGAAGAGUUUUGAGGGGUAUUACCAGGAGGCGGGGAGGGCGGGGCGAGAUGGGAAGGCGAGUUAUUGUUUUUUGUACUAUGCGAGGGAGGACAGGGAUCGGGUGUGUAAUAUGGUGAUGCGGGAAUCUGGCAGUGGUGGCCGAGACCGUGACAGUGGCAGUAUUGCUCGGGGGGUUGCCGAGUUUGGGAGGCAGGCGAAUAGCGGGAAUAAAAAGGCGCGGGUGGAGAGUUUGAACCGGUUGGUGGCGUAUUGUGAGGAUACGAGUGGGUGUCGGCAUGCGGCGAUUUGUAGGUAUUUUGGGGAGGAGGAGGUGCCGGAGUGUGAUUAUGCGUGUGAUUGGCAUAAGGAUGCGGCGGGGUUGAAGAGGAGGAUGGUGAGGGGGUUGGCGAGCGAGGAGUGGGUGAGUACGCAGCGGGAGGAGGGGAGGUAUGAUGAUUAUUAUUAUAGUGAUUAG